GCAUCCUUCAUCCUGAAGAAGAAGAACUGCACUGCAGGCACAAAGAUGCAUAAGCUACAACUCUACCUGAAGAAGAAGCUGCAGCCACCCACUGUCUCCCCUCUGAUGUCACACGCCUCACCUGUGAUGUCACACGCCUCACAUGCUCCUGCUGAAGCCAUUGUGAUGGAUGAAGAUGAAGAGCUGGAGAGGAUGAUGCUGAGCAUCUCUCCUUCAAAGCAACAUGUGCAGAGCUCUGUUUCUGCAUCUUCGUCAUCCUCCUCAUCUGCCAGACGACGAGAAAGAGGUCUUUAACCCAGAGCACCGUGCCGCCGACCGACACAACUGGGACCAUGAAUUCUUAUCCCACAUGAAGCAUGACUCGUCUCGUGUCGACCGUGUUCUGGUCGUGUUUGUCUUUUGGUGUUCCACCUGUUGUCCUAGUGACUAUGAAUUGACGCCGGUCCUGAUGAGGUACCAUCUGCUACACAGGCAGCACCAGCCAAGGCUCAGGGUCCACCAGUAGAUGCUCCUGCAUCUCCAUCUGUGAAGAGACCUGAGCCCGUUCCCCAGGAGCUCGUGUGUCUGAUGCCAGAAGCAGCACGUCAUCCUUUAACAGAGCCGACUGUCACACUUCCUGUGUCAGAGGAGCUCCUGAUUUCUCCCGAGACGUCUGCAGAGCCCGGUCAACUGCCAACUCCACAGAGAGGGCAAAGUGAGCCAUUCCCCAGGCCAAUAGCCGUCCCCACCGGUCCUCCUCCACAGCUUCCUGGCUACGACCAUGACGUCAGCCAGUGGAACUGUUCACAGCAGCAGAGGAUCUGGAUAAAGACGGAGCUGGAAGCUAUGGGUCUCUGGCCAGGAUCCAUUCCUGUGCGGAACCCCAUGAAGAUGUUGUCAUUGUGGCGUUUCCCUCCCCAGCCGGAAUUGAUCGACAGCAUCUCCGAUCUUCCUUCCCCAAAGUACUUUCAGCUCCAUCCCUUUUUCAUAUGGAAGCCAGAAAACGAUAACCUCAUGGGGAGAAUGAGGAACAACGACACUCUGCCGUGUAUGGGAGGUUGUGCCCGGCCUCAAGUUGCCUCUGCAGGUGUUGGGAGACCUCGUGUGGUUGUUGGUCUCACUGGACAGUAUUACCUGCUCUCAUCCAGGCUGUGCUGCAAGGUCUGCAAAAAGAAGUGGUACGCUGACAACCCACUGUGGCUGGAGAAGUUACCAAAGAGGUACACAAACCUCUUGCCAGCCAACCUGACCUACAAGAAGGCGAUAUGUAAAUCUGUCAUGGACGAGCGCAGGCGGACGGUAACUCCCCCGACAUGA